UGUCUUCAGUUGCUUUUAAAGCUCUAUAAAGUUAGGUCAUCAAAAUGAAAUCUCUUACAAGUUUUAUUGUUGUGAUAUGUGCUGUCACUUUAAUCUCUUUCGUCAAUUCAGAUCCAAGAAUCAUUGCAGGAAGUCUAUCAAACCCGAUUCCAUAUUUAGUAUCCGUUCAAAUAAGUCCUCUUGCAAACUCAACCUGCUCAUAUGACUACGCCUCGGUAUCCAAAUCCCGUGCAUCGUUCGCAACGUCUCAUGUUCAUGAGUGUGGAGGUUCCAUCGUAGCAGAAAACUUUAUUCUUACGGCAGCCCAUUGUUUCGAUGAUUAUAGGAAUUUAAAAGAAGAAAAUUUGUAUGUAUCUGUCGUUGUUGGAGCCAAGAAUGCAAGUGACGCAAAAGAUUUCCAACGCUAUUGCGUCAAACGUAUAAUUAGAUAUGACUUCUAUAAUAGUGCAAAUAAUGAGGGCGACUUGGCAUUGUUAGAAUUAACGCAGCCUAUUGAUUUUAAUGAUGAUAAAGUUCCAGCAGAAAUAAUCCCGCUUUCCAAACAACAUAUUGGUCCAGGAAUUGAAGCCAAUUUAGCUGG